UUCCCUUCCCCCUCCUCCCCAUCGCCGGCUCCAGCCGCUUUUGCCUGCCUGCUGCCUCUUUCCCUCCUCCUCCUCCCCCCCCCCUAAGCUGUUCGCUGAGUCAGCCAGAGGGAAAACUCAAAGGGCAACCACCAGCCCUGCCUCACAGAAGCUUCCACAGCUCUUCUAGGAUGUUGACAGAGUGGCUGCCGCCGCCGCCGUCCGCCCCCAGUUCUCCUCCUGGCUGAACCCCUCUCUCUGGCUCUGAAGUAGGAGCUGGGCAGUGGCUGUGGUGGUAGAAAGGAGACUUUCCUGUCAGCACCAGAAACAAAGCAGACCUAAGUUCUUCUCUGUUUCUCCUCCUCCUCUGAAAGGAGCAGAAGUCAGCAUGACAGCCAUAGCAGUGCAGGCCCAGUGGCUGCUUUCUCGUAGAAGACCAAAGAGAUCAUUUUUUGAGACAUUUAUCAGGAGCCUAAUUAUCCUGUGUGUUGCAAUAGCAAUCGUCCUGUCCUCUAUUGCAGUGUGUGAUGGCCACUGGCUGUUUGCUCAAAGAAAGCUCUUUGGAUUGUGGCACUUCUGUACCAUCGGGAACAAUAGUGCCCUGAAAUGUGCCACCAAUCUCUCUUUGGCCAACGUAAGAGGAAUGAACAUAGGCAUAACACUUGCCAGAAGUAUGGUGUCUUUCGCUGUUGUUGUAGCCAUCUUUGGCCUGGAACUUCUCAUGGUCUCCCAAGUCUGUGAAGACAUCAGCUCAAGAAGGAAGUGGUCUAUGGGAUCGGUUCUCAUUCUUUUCUCAUUUCUUCUUUCAUCUGUUGGCAUUUUGAGCUUCUUAAUCCUUCUAAGAGACUACAUCACCGUCACAGGCUUUACAUUAACCUACUGGUGUGAAUUCAUUGCUACUUUCCUUUUCUUCCUUAAUGGAAUCAGCGGACUUCACCUUAACAGCAUAACAUUUCCAUGGAACAGAGUCAGAAAAAUUUAAGAACAAUGGACAUCAACUCUGCCAAGAACACUGGGAGUAUAUUUGGAGCCCAGCAGUGUUUGAAAAGCACACCAGAGGUUUCUAUGGUGUACACCAAGAGUAAAAUAUACAACAGCAUUCCACUUUUGGAGGUUGUCUCCAGGAUCGGUUGAUUAAGGGAUGCUGGGUAUUGGAAGUUGAAUAUUAAAACUUACUGGGAUUUUGAACAAUGAAACAAUCGAUGAUAAUGGAAUAAAGUGGUUUACUUCAUUUCAGUGCAUAAACCUAAGGGCCCUGAUCUAGCUGGAGUAAACUGCCUCCUUGUAAUCAAUGGGAAAAAUUUGUCAUGGCUGACAGACCUCAUUGUGUUCUAUGGGUCUUAGUCACAAUUAAUUGUAACUGGAUCAGGAAGGCAAAUUCAGUAUUGGUUGAGCUUUAGAGUAAGACAUACACUGUGUAUAUUUGCUUUAUUCUUUUCCUAAAUCUUGGUUGUUUUAUUUUUGGACACUGGAAGCUGGAAUCAGAAGAAACAUUGUACAAUGCAGGAUGCUGGGCAAUGCUAACUAGAGCUUUACCUCCAAAUAAAUCCCAGAUAAUUUGCA